CAGCUGAGCAAGCGCUGGGCGGGGUCGCGAGGCAGCACGUCAGCUCUCGCUGUUCGCAAGCACCCUGGCCGAUCCCCUAGUCUGCAUCCGGGUCGGGAGCCCUCCCCCAGUGGGCGCGAUGCCGAGGAAGCAGUGACCCCCGGAGAGGCCGGAGCGCGGGCGCUGGUGACUCUGCAUUUCUUCAUGAAAAGGCCUAUCAUCAUCUUCAUGAAGUGCGAAAAGGAACAUUUGCCUAUAGAAUGUAGCCAGUCAUGAGAAGAGAUUUCUAUUUGCCUGCGUGGAACUGCUGCCAUGUCCCACCAACCACUUAGCUGCCUGACUGAAAAGGGGGACAGCCCCAUUGAAACCACAGGAAAUGGACCCCCCCAUCUAGCUCACCCAAGCCUGGACACGUUCACACCAGAGGAGCUGCUGCAGCAGAUGAAAGAGCUCCUAACUGAGAAUCAUCAGCUGAAAGAAGCCAUGAAGCUAAAUAAUCAAGCUAUGAAAGGGCGAUUUGAGGAGCUUUCAGCCUGGACAGAGAAACAGAAGGAAGAACGCCUUUUUUUUGAGAUCCAGAGCAAAGAAGCCAAAGAGCGCCUAAUGGCUUUGAGUCAUGAAAAUGAAAAAUUGAAGGAAGAACUUGGAAAACUAAAGGGCAAAACAGAAAGGUCAUUCGAGGACCCCACUGGGGACCCCAAGGUCCCCAAGGCAGAAGCAGAACAGGAAAUGGAACAGCUGAAGACCCAGGUGGCACGCCUUCAAGCUGAAAAGGCAGAUCUGCUGGGCAUUGUGUCUGAACUGCAACUCAAGCUGAACUCAAGCGGCCCCUCUGAAGACUCCUUUGUUGAAAUUAGGAUGGCUGAAGGAGAAGCAGAUGUGGCAAUGAAAGAAUUCAAGACUCGUCCUGGGCGCACAAGAACUGAGUCUAUUGACAUGAGCAAAUCUGCAGAAGGUACCAGAAAUUAUUUGGAGUUUGAGGAAUUAACUGUGAGCCAGCUCAUGCUUUGUCUGAGGGAAGGAAACCAGAAGGUGGAGAAACUUGAAAUUGCCCUCAAAGAAGCCAAAGAAAGAAUUUCAUAUUUUGAAAAGAAAGUCAAUUAUCGUUCUGAAAUUGAGACCCAGACAGAGGAGAGCAAAGAAAAAGAGAAAGAAGAGGAGAAAAGCACAGAAACCAUUGGAAGUGAAGUGGAAACACUGAACCUUCAGGUGACAACCCUGUUUAAGGAGCUUCAAGAGGCUCAUACAAAACUCAGUGAAGCUGAGCUAAUGAAGAAGAGACUUCAAGAAAAAUGCCAGGCCCUUGAAAGGAAAAAUUCUGCAACCCCGUCAGAAUUGAAUGAAAAGCAAGAGCUUGUUUAUAAUAACAGAAAGUUAGAGCUACAAGUGGAAAGCAUGCGGUCAGAAAUCAAGAUGGAGCAAGCCAAAACAGAAGAAGAAAAGUCCAAGUUAGCCUCUCUACAGCUGACACACAACAGGCUUCUUCAAGAAUACAACAGUGCAUUGAAAAUGAUUGAGGAGCUACAAAGGAAAGAGUCAGAAAAAGUGGAUAAGGUGGUGCUGCAGGAAGUAAAUGAAAAACUGGAACUGGCAGAGAAGGCCUUGGCCUCCAAGCAGCUUCAGAUGGAUGAGAUGAAGCAGACCAUAGCCAAGCAGGAGGAGGACCUGGAAACCAUGACUGUUCUUAGGGCUCAGAUGGAGGUGUACUGUUCUGACUUUCACGCUGAAAGAGCAGCGAGAGAGAAGAUUCACGAAGAAAAGGAGCAGCUGGCCUUGCAGCUGGCGAUUUUGCUGAAAGAGAAUAAUGCUUUUGAAGACGGAGGCAGUAGGCAGUCCUUGAUGGAAAUGCAGAGCCGUCAUGGGGCGAGAACAAGUGACUCUGACCAGCAGGUUUACCUUGUUGAAAGAGGAGCUGAGGAUAGAAACUGGCAGCAACAGCAACAACGGAAUAUUCCAAUUCAUUCUUGCCCCAAAUGUGGAGAAGUUCUGCCCGACAUAGAUACCUUACAGAUUCAUGUUAUGGACUGCAUCAUUUAAGUGUCGAUGUUUCACUUCCCCAACUGUUGGUAAAUGUCAAGAUUUUCUUCCUCCAAGAGUUGUACUUUUGUGUUAUUUGUUUCCACUCAAAUAUUUUGGCUCAUUGUUUGUUUUAGGAAAAAGAAAAUGCGUAUGUUCUAAACAGGACAUUUUUUGUGGACUUCCAUAAACUCACAAAAUAGAAUCCGUAACAUACCAGUCUCCUGAUCAUAAAUUCACUUUUUUUUUAACGUUCAGUUUAUGUGAGCACGAACUGCUCAUGCAGUUAAUGAGCGUAUGACAUCAUGGGACAGAAUAAGAGUAGUUAGAUGGAAGAAGCCUCGCUGAGAGAUUUUAGGAACUUUUUAAGGAGGUAGGAAAAAUGAAGUGGUCACAGGUUUAAUCAAGUAAAGUGUCUUUGAAGUAUUUUUAAAAUAAAUUAUAUUGUUAUUUUUCUUCAUCCACUUAAGACACAUCUGUUUGGGGUUGUGUAUAAAUGUGUAUGUCGUAGUUUUAUGGCAGCCACAGUCAUUGCACCAAAGUUAUGAGAUGGCUCUUUCCAUAUAAGCACUGUAAGCUUGUACUUGAUCAUCCAGACAAGUGCAGAAAUACUGGCACACAUGACGUAGAGACGUCAGGUUUGCUGGAUUUCAUAUAACCAUCACAGUGUAAAGAAGUUAUCUUCAUUCUUUCAUUGUGCUGCAGGUAUAUGGGCCUAUACGGUAGACAGUUGAUUAACUGCUAAAAGGAACAGCUGUCUAUUAAUUUUCUUCCUGGAUCAGGCUAUGUAUUCAUAAUCACAAAAUAGUUACUGCAAAAUAAAAUUUUGCUUAUGACUCUUUCAUAUUGUUCAUAUGUGAUUGGCUAAUUUCAUAGGAUGCAUUUUCUGUAUUCAGUUUUAUAUAAGCUUAAUACUCAGAUCUGUUGUGUUAAUUCUAUGAAUAUGAGCAAAACCCUUUACUGGAGACCAGUAUAUGUUGUUUGAAUUAGAAGUUGUUCUUGCUAAGGAGGUGAAAAGAUAAGGAUUUGCCAUAUUUGGUAAACCUACAGUUUAUCGAGAUUGGCUAAUACAUUUUUUAUGGCCAGCCAUACAAGUAAACAAUGUCCUUAUGCAUAUAUAUAUGCAUAUAUAAAUUUAAUAUAUAUAUAUUAAAACAGGAAUCAAAAUAGUUAAUUAUAUCUUCAUGCCAAGAGAAGACACUAUACAAAUUCAAUAGUAAUUUAAAGAUUCCCCCACCUCACCUGAGAGAGAAUGUUUGUUAAAGACAUUUCUAAAAUAGCUGUACAAAUCUUACUUUUAAUUUCUUGUUUAUGGUUUCUAGUUUAAAUUUUUUCCCUUACUAUUUUAUACUGGAGAAAAUAGAUUCCUGUAGUAUCCUAAGUAGAAAGCAAGCCAAAUGGUUUCAUAUUUAGGUUAUGGGAAUAUCCUUUUCUUAGUUCAAGUAAAAUUGUUAAGCUGAUCUCAACUCUGACGUAGCAGUGUGAAUGGGCUUAGGAAGCCUGGACCACAUCGCUGUCUUGAUGACUGGAAGAGCUGCAAAUGCAGGCAAGUUCAUGUGGUUGGUGUAAAUUAAGGCCGUUGUUUUGAGGAAAUCAAACAGUCUGGUAAACAACUUUUAAACUC